AUGGAUAAUUUGAAGUCAAAACAACACAGGAGGGGGAGUUUUAUCCCACUUUCAUUGUGCCAAAAUGUGUGGUCAAGUGAGAAGUCCACGAGAGAUUCACGAUCAAAUGAUGAUAACGGGGUAAAUGUGCAGGUCAUUUUGCGUUGCAGGCCUUUGAUUGAGGAUGAGGUUAGGGUGACAACACCCAUGGUGGUUUCUUGUAAUGAGCCAAGAAGAGAGGUGUCAGUCAAUCAAAUCACAACUCAUAAACAGAUAGACAGAACCUUUAUGUUUGAUAAGGUAUUUGGUCCGACAUCUCAACAGAAGGACUUAUAUGAUCAAGUUGUCUCUCCUAUAAUCACUGAAGCUCUCGAGGGUUAUACUUGCACUAUCUUUGCUUAUGGUCAGACAGGAACAGGGAAAACAUACACAAUGGAGGGGGAAGGAAGAAAAGAAAAGAAUGGAGAAUUCCACAAGGAUGCAGGGGUUAUUCCAAGAGCUGUUCAGCAAAUCUUCGACAUUCUGGUGGCUCAAAAUGCUGAGUAUAGCAUGAAAGUGACAUUUCUAGAGCUUUACAAUGAGGAAAUCACAGAUCUUUUGGCCCCUGAUGAUAAUUCGAAAUUCUGCGAUGACAAGUCUAAGAAGCCGAUAGCCCUUAUGGAUGAUGGGAAGGGGACUGUUUUUGUGAGAGGCCUAGAAGAGGAGAUAGUAUGUACAGCAGAUGAAAUAUACAAAAUAUUAGAGAAAGGGUCUGCAAAAAAGCAUACUGCAGAGACUCUUCUCAACAAACAAAGUAACCGUUCUCACUCAAUAUUUUCUAUCACAGUCCAAAUUAAGGAGUGUACUGCAGAGGGGGUAGAGCUGAUCAAGUGUGGAAAACUAAAUCUUGUUGAUCUUGCUGGUUCUGAGAACAUAUUGCGCUCUGGUAGAAGAGAGGGAAGAGCACGGGAAGCUGGAGAGAUCAAUAAGAGCUUGCUUACACUUGGUCGUGUCAUUAAUGCACUUGUUGAGCACUCUGGGCAUGUUCCAUACAGGGACAGCAAAUUAACAAGGUUGUUGAGAGACUCAUUAGGAGGGAAAACAAAAACAUGCAUAAUUGCCACAGUAUCACCAUCAGUCCACUGUUUGGAAGAAACACUUGGCACUCUAGAUUAUGCAUUCCGUGCAAAAAGCAUCCAGAACAGACCAGAGGUUAAUCAAAAGGUGAUAAAAUCGGCAUUGAUCAAAGAUCUGUAUUUGGAGAUAGACCGUCUUAAGCAAGAGUUGCAUGCUACAAGGGAGAAGAAUGGCAUCUAUAUACCACGGGACCGAUACCUGAGUGAAGAAGCAGCCAAGAAGGCAAUGGCUGAAAAAUUAGGGCGCUUGGAACUUGAUUCAAAGUUUAAGGACAAGCAACUGAUGGAUCUUCGGGAGCUCUAUAUUUAUCAGCAACAGUUGACAACAGAUCUAAGUGAAAAACUCGAAAGGACCCAGGGAGAAUUUGAGCAAACUGAACAAGCUUUGUUUGAUCUAGAUGGUAGAUUUAGACAAGCAAAUGACACAAUUAAAGAGAAGGAAUACUUGAUUUUCAAUCUCCUUGGAUCUGAGAAAGCACUUACUGAACGAGCAUUUGAGCUACAAGCCGAACUGGAGAAUGCAGCAUCAGAGAUGUCCAUCUUGUUCACCAAAAUUGAACACAAGAAUAAUAUGGAGGAUCGGAACAGAAUUCUAAUCCAGAACUUUCACUCUGGAUUGGCUCAGCAGCUUGAAGUUUUGAAUGAAGCUGUUGUAGCUUCUGUAACACAACAAGAGCAGCAACUGAAAGUCAUUGAACAAAAUACACUAUCUUUCUUACCUGCAAAGGCCGGGGCUACUGCAGAGCUUCAAACGCAGCUUAGAAAGCUACAAGAACUUUAUGGUUCUGGUAUCAAAACUUUGGAUGAUGUAGCCGGAGAACUUGAUCAGAAUUCCCUAUUAACUUGUCAUAAUCUGAAAUCUGAAGUAUCAAAGAAUUCUUCUUGCCUUGGAGAUCUUAUCAGAGAAAUUUCUUUGGAGGCCAAAGCUAUACUCAAUGAUCUACAAAUUAACCUAACUAAUCAAGGGGAAAGGGUAGCCGCAUUUGCACAACAGCAGCAUGAGAGUUGCUCCAGAACUUAUCAAGCAACUCAAUCAAUUUCUAGGCUUACUGUGAACUUUUUCAAGACUUUAAGCAUGCAUGUCUCAAAAUUGACUCUAGUGGUGGCAGAAGAGGAAACAAUUGAGGAUCAGAAACUAUGUGCACUUGAGAAGAAGUUUGAGGAGUACACUGCUAAUGAAGAAAGGCAAAUAUUAGACAAAGUUGCAGAGCUGUUAGCAAGUUCGAAUGCUAGGAUGAAAAAUAUGGUUCAAACAGCAGUAGAUGACCUUCGAGAGUGUACUUCCAGUAGAACCAGCAAGCUCCAUCAGGAAAUGUCAAACAUGCAAGAUUUGACUUCUUCUGCCAAAGGAGAAUGGACAAGUUACCUGGGAAAAACAGAAACCCAAUACAUCGAAGAUACUACUUCAGUUGUUAAUGGGAAGGAUGGUUUGGAAGAAGGCCUCAGACAAUGUAUGACAAAGGCAAGAUUAAUUGCCGAACAAUGGAGGAAGGCUCAAGAUUCCGCUCUUAGUUUACAAAGAAGAAAUAUUGACUCUGUGGAUACCAUUGUCCAGAAUGGAGUGGAAGGCAAUCAAAAAAUCAAAGCUCAAUUUUCUGCUGUUGUCUCGUCAACACUGGGAGAAUCAGAUGUUGCAAACAUCAAUUUACUUUCUUCCGUUGAAGAUUUACUGAGACUUGACCAAUAUGCAUUUGAGAAAAUCAAUUCCCUGAUUGGUCCUUCUUGUGAGGCUAUGAAAGAAGCAGAAAUUUCUCACUUCCACAUAGUUUCUGAGAUCAUGGUGAACGCAGGGAAAUGCUUGAUGAAUGACUACAUGGUGGAUGGGCCCUCAUGUUCAACACCAAGGAAGAGAGCAUUCAAUAUACCUACCAUGGCGUGCAUUGAAGACCUCAGAACUCCUGCAUUUGAGGGCCUGCUGAAAUCAUUCAGGGAAGCAGGAUUAGGAAGGCAAGCCAAUGGGAAGGUAAAUAAUCAUCAGGAGUGUAUGCAUCCAUUCAGUCCUUCGGCUCCGGAAAUUCUCUCAGGGCAGUUAAGGGAGGAGUUAGAACAACAAAACCUACAAUAA